UCCGUGCUGCUAGCGGGGUAACAGCGGUGCGGGAGAAUUAUUCUUGCUGAUAUAUCAGCUGCGUAUCGGAUCACUGGCGGGGUAGCCUGCCCCUACCAGUGUGCAGAAGAUGUUUCUGCCGAUAUAUUGCAGGCUAUUGUUAUCGCACACAAGAACUAAUCGAAAAAAAAACACCCGUACGAUAACUCGUGUAUUGUUAUUUUGCGAAUCAAACGGAGAUAAACAAUUUGCGUCUAAUCAAGACGAAAGCAAAACAACGAAUCUGACUCUACAUUUAGAUGCAAAAACUAACAAACUUUGCUUAGAGUAUACAUUAAAGAAAAAUUGAGCGAAAAGAAGUUAAAGUGGUAAAGCGUGAAGAGGUUCCAAAGUAGUAAACUCUCAAGCCUUGCAGAUCAUGGACAAUACUAUUAAUCGUAAGUUCGCGUGUCGGUGCCGAGCGCUCAGUCUGAGCGACUUCACAUUCGGUUGUGAUAGCGCGAUCAGUGCACAUGUCACUAUAGCUUCAAAGCCAGCACCUGGUGCUAAUAGACUCGAAGCAUUACCAUGGAUUGGCAAUGUGUUGGUAGGACAAAGGGAAGGUUAAAGAGGGUUGCAUGGUGCAGUUAUUUUUGUUUGUUCCUUCUGUGGGUGGAUGGUGUUGUUGGGUUUCGAACGUUGGAUGUUAAACAGAAGCUCCCGAAGCUGUUCAAAUAUGAUGACUUUGACGAGUGUCGAAUAGGAAACCCUUUUUUCCAGUACUGUGUAGUGCGUACCGUUAUACACCCCGAUGAAGAAUCAGAAAUCUGGCGUAAUAUCAGUCUACUCACGGCAAAUUCCCUCAAUUUCCCGCGUGAUCGCCUUGAACGCGGUCUUUGUCUGUCCGGCUGCGUGCGACGGGUGUCCGAAGCCGCCGCACCCAUCUUCAAGGACGGCAAUUUGGAUCAUCAAAUCGAGCUGCUAACCGGCGAUGAUGCGGCGCGCGGCAACUUUGUCAGUCAAUGUGUCAACAGAGAAAUAUAUGAAUCACAUCGGCUGCAGGGAUCGUCAACAAUCUUGCACUGCUUUUCGGAGGAUGAUUUUCAUCGAAGAUUUAGUUUUAACGAAAAAUGCUUUCUCGUACUGGCGGCCGCCUUGAUUCUGUUGGUAAAUAUUGCCACAUUACGUGACUAUUGGGGAAUUGAAGGAAACUUCAAUCGCUUUUUAAAACCAUUCUCUCUGCGUCGAAACAUAAGAAUGUUACUAGAAGUUAGCACCUCGAAUGGAAAUCUACGUUAUUUAGACGGUUUGCGUGCAAUCGGUAUGCUCGUAAUCCUUCUUGUACACGCUUCAUUGCCGAUGAUUCGGAUGCCGCUAAAAAAUCCAGAAGAUCUAGAGGAGCAAACCAACCAUCCGUCCUUCCCCAUCUGGAACUCCAACAACACGCACAUGAUUCAGUUUUUCUUCACCCUCGGAGGCAUGGUGAUGGCGGUCAGUUUCCUCAAACACAUCGAUCAAGAACCCCGCUUCAACUAUCGUUAUUUGAGGCUUAAAAUACUAAACCGAUUGGCACGAAUCACCCCGGCGUACGCGUUUCUUAUUUUCUAUCAGGCAACGGUUUUCAAGCGCACUAAACAGACGCCGGUGGCGCCAAAGUUCAUCGACUACUGCAGUGAACACUGGUGGGGAAAUCUUCUGUUCAUAAACAACUACGUUCACUUGGAUGAACCGUGUAUGAAAUUUGGCUGGUAUUUAGGGGCAGAUUUUCAACUAUUUCUUGUGGGCCUGACAAUCAUGGCGUUGAUCUGGAAAUUCCCUGGCUGCAAAAGGGCAUGCGUCACUGUGCUAGUUUUGACUAGUUUUCUGCUUCCUGGAUUCGUAAUCUACAAAAAGAAAUUAGAUGCAACUAUGCAUUUUAAUAUGCGGGAUGCACUUACUGAGUUACGGGAUAACAAGUUUUUCCUACAGUUUUACACACCCGCUCAAACCAACGUUGGGUCAUAUUUCUUUGGAAUAGUUGCCGGAAUUAUGUAUCAUUUAAUUGUUCAAAAUAACCAACAGUUAAAGGCAAAAUUCUAUUUGUCCAAACUAUUAGAAGCUAGUUUUCUAGUAUUUUGUGCCUUGAAUGGACUACUUGUUGUUAUACCUUCGGUAACAAUAGAAAAGCCGUCACUGUUUUUGGCAAUUUAUGGAUCAGCCUUAAAAGCUAUGUUCGGAAUCUGCUAUUCCACGCUUUUCUGUUACCUUGGUCUAAAAUCGAACUCUAUCUACGUGGCCUUACUCGAACAUCCCGUACUGCAAGUGCUAGGAAAAUUGAGUUAUAGCAUCUACAUUGUUCAGUAUUCAGUAAUUUACACUUUGUACUCCAAUAUGCAUGUACCUAUGAUGUAUGGAGCAUUCAAUAUGCUCUUAACGUCAUCCGCAAUAAUGACAAUCACGUUUUUGAGUGGCAUUAUGCUGCAUCUGGCCGUAGAGAUACCGUUUUACACAUUGAUCAAACAAAUUAUCUAUGGAAAAAUCAAAAUAUCUAAACUAAUUAAUUUAUCGGAUAAGAAAAAAUAAUUAGUUUACCGAGUGAACCACAUUGGGAUCAACCAAAGUAAUCAGUUAAUUGUUUUACAAACAACGGUAAACUAGUCACAUAAAUAAAUGUAUUAUUUAGUUUUAUGCCUAUUGUAUAGACACAUGAAAAUAAAUAAUUCGUUCAUUUUUGAAUCCCG